AUGUCAAAGGUAAGAACUCCAGCCAAAUACUUUGCUCCACUGAUUAUGUGCUGGAGGGAAUGCUGCUGACUCGCUGGUUUUACUGACAACACACUGGUUGGAACAGGGCUGCGGGCAGCUGAGCGAAAAUGGAGGAAAACUAAACUUCCAGAGGACCCAUCAUCCUUUCACUCCCUCCUCUCUACCUUCUCUUCCUCUGUAUCCACUGCUAAAGCCACUUUCUAUCACUCUACAAGCUUCUGCCUCUAACCCUAGGAAACUAUUUUCCACCUUUGCCUCCCUCCUUAAUCCUCCACCCCCUCCCUCCUCCCUCUCUGCGGACGACUUUGUCAACCACUUUGAAAAGAAGGUUGACGACAUCCGCUUCUCAUUCACUCAGCCUAUUCAGUACACUGGUCCCACUCACACAGAACUACCCUACGCCUUGACCUCUUUCUCCCCUCUCUCUUCAGAUGAAAUCCUUCAACUAGUAAGGUCCCUUCCUCCCUUUUCCAGACAAUCUCUUUCCCAUUUUCAAUCCCAUUCCUCACUUCCUUCAUCAAUUCAUCCCUGACCAAUGGCUGUGUCCCCUCUGACUUCAAAAUGGACAGAGUCGCUCCCCUCCUCAACAAAACCAACACUCGACCCCUCUGACGUAAAAAAAAAAAAAAACUACAGACCAGUAUCCCUUCUUUCUUUUAUUUCCAAAACACUUGAGUGUGCUGUCUAUAACCAACUCUCUUGCUAUCUCUCUCAGAAAUAUCUUCUUGACCCUAACCAGUCAGGCUUCAAGACGGGUCACACAUCCGAGACUGCUCUUCUCCACGGAGGCUCUCUGCUCUGCCAAAGCUGACUCUCUCCUCUGUUUUCAUCCUCCUAGAUCUAUCUGCUGCCUUCGACACCUGACUUCGACACCUCUCCUUUCCACCCUCUCAGGGCUGAUCCUCCUCUCCACCCUCUCAGGGCUGAUCCUCCUCUCCACCCUCUCAGGGCUGAUCCUCCUCUCCACCCUCUCAGGGCUGAACUUCCUCUCCACCCUCUCAGGGCUGAUCCUCCUCUCCACCCUCUCAGGGCUGAUCCUCCUCUCCACCCUCUCAGGGCUGAUCCUCCUCUCCACCCUCUCAGGGCUGAUCCUCCUCUCCACCCUCUCAGGGCUGAUCCUCCUCUCCACCCUCUCAGGGCUGAUCCUCCUCUCCACCCUCUCAGGGCUGAUCCUCCUCUCCACCCUCUCAGGCCUGGGCGUCUCAGGCUUUGCACACUCUUGGAUUGCAUCCUACCUGUCAGGCCACUCCUACCAGGUGACAUGGAGAGGAUCUGUGUCUGCACCACGUACUCUCACUACUGGUGUCCCCCAGGGCUCGGUUCUAGGCCCUCUCCUCUUCUCUCUAUACACCAAGUCACUCGGCUCUGUCAUAUCCUCACAUGGUCUCUCUUAUCAUUGCUAUGCGGAUGACAAUCAACUACUUUUCUCCUUCCCCCCUUCUGACACCCAGGUGGUGACACGCAUCUCUGCGUGCCUGGCAGAUAUCUCAGCUUGGAUGUCGGCCCACCACCUCAAGCUCAACCUCGACAAAACGGAGCUGCUCUUCCUCAUGGGGCAGACCUGCCGUCUCCAAGACCUCUCCAUAACAGUCUUAAAUAAUUCCACAGAACCCCCCCCCCCAAUUCUCAUAUCUUUAAUUGUCAUUUUAUUCAACCCAGAUGCAAAUGCAGUUCCAUUUAUUUUUUUUAUAAAACCUUUGGUGGCAUCCCAUAGAAUCCGGAGGUCAUUGACAGAAUUUGUAUUGAUCAUUAAUUAAUUUAGUUCAAUUUCAAAUUGAUCACAGAAUGUAGGAUUUUGUAGUAUUGAAAAGUUGAAACGCCAUCUUGUGGCUCUUUUUAGGAGAUUCUAAAAUGUGUAAUUGGCAGUAGUAGGAGUGGUGAUCGGAAAAGCUCAUAAUGUCGAAUAAUUUUAGAAAAUAGAGGUGUAGAUAAUAAUAUAAAAUCGAUUCAGGGGAAUGUUUUAUGCCUGUUUGAGUAGAUAGUGUACUUGUUUGCUUGUGGCUUAUGUGCUUGCCAGGCAUCAAUGAGAAUACCAAACAUUAGAAAUGUCUGCCUAAUAUGGAGUUGCACUCCAAUGCUUCCCAAAGUUGUGUCAAGUUGGCUGGAUGUCCUUUGGGUGGUGGACCAUUCUUGAUACAAACAAGAAACAGUUUAGCGUGAAAAACCCAACAGCAUUGCAGUUCUUACAUAUUUACAUUUUCGGCAUUUAGCAGAUGCUCUUAUCCAGAGCGACUUACAAAUUGGUGCAUUCACCUUAUAGCCAGUGGGAUGCCCUUCCCCUCACAGCUCCGUAGGCAAGCACCAUGGUCUUGUAGCAGAUGCGAGCUUCGACUGGAAGCCAGUGGAGUGUGCGGAGGAGCGGAGUGACGUGAGAGAACUUGGGAAGGUUGAACACGAGACGGGCUGCGGCAUUCUGGAUGAGUUGUAGGGGUUUAAUGGCACAGGCAGGGAGCCCAGCCAACAGCAAGUUGCAGUAAUCCAGACGGGAGAUGACAAGUGCCUGGAUUAGGACCUGUGCCGCUUCCUGUGUAAGGCAGAGUCGUACUCUCCGAAUGUUGUAGAGCAUGAACCUACAGGAUCGGGUCACCGCCUUGAUGUUAGCGGAGAACGACAGGGUGUUGUCCAGGGUCACGCCAAGGCUCAUCGCACUCUGGGAGGAGGACACAACGGAGUUGUCAACCGUGAUGGCGAGAUCAUGUAAUGGGCAGUCCUUCCCCGGGAGGAAGAGCAGCUCCGUCUUGCCGAGGUUCAGCUUGAGGUGGUGAUCCUUCAUCCACACUGAUAUGUCUGCCAGACAUGCAGAGAUGCGAUUCGCCACCUGGUAAUCAGAAGGGGGAAAGGAGAAGAUUAGUUGUGUGUCGUCUGCGUAGCAAUGAUAGGAGAGGCCAUGUGAGGAUAUGACAGAGCCAAGUGACUUGGUUUAUAGUGAGAAUAGGAGAGGGCCUAGAACUGAGCCCUGGGGGACACCAGUGGUGAGAGCACGUGGUGCGGAGACAUAUUCUCGCCACGCCACUUGGUAGGAGCGACCGGUCAGGUAGGACGCAAUCCAAGAGUGAGCCGCGCCGGAAAUGCCCAGCUCGGAAGAGGGUGGAGAGUAGGAUCUGAUGGUUCACAGUAUCAAAGGCAGCAGACAGGUCUAGAAGGAUAAGAGCAGAUGAGAGAGAGUUAGCGUUAGCAGUGCGGAGAGCCUCCGUGACACAGAGAAGAGCAGUCUCAGUUGAAUGACCAGUCUUGAAACCUGACUGGUUUGGAUCAAGAAGGUCAUUCUGAGAGAGAUAGUAAGAGAGUUGGCUAAAGACGGCACGCUCAAGAGAAAAGAAAGAAGGGAACUUUCUGGCCUAAGCAAGACCAAAUCAAACUCUAGACAUUAAUGCUACCCUUCCUCCCAUCCCACAGGAGCAGAACAUCACAACCGAAGAGGGCAGAGACUCGGGGGGGGUCGGGGGGGUCGGAGGAACCGAAGGAGGCGACAUCGGGGAGGCAUCAUCGGGGACGACAGACGACGAAGGCGGAGCCACAACGGCGGCAGAAUUUCUGCAGCCAACUGCAGUUCCACAGGGGUCCUAUCCCUCUCCUCCUCCAGCCAAUCACCACUCGGAGGAGUGUCCUCUGUGUCUCCUCAGCCAACCACGAUGCCGGUUCCCACCGGGCCUGUUAUGACUGCCUGGCACAGCAUCGAGAUCUCAGAGAGCCGUGUGGGGGCGUGGCCUGUCCUCUGUGCCCCGAGGCGCUGGCGCCGCCUGACGUAAGGGCCAUCCUGGAUGACUCGGCGCUGCUGGAGAUACUGGAGGAGCAUCAGCUGAGGAGGUUUCUGCCCGCCGACCCGGACACACGCUGGUGUCCUGCACCUGACUGCAGGUCGAGCCACUGA